UCUUGUCCGCCAUUUGCAAGCGGCGCGGCGCGGAGCCGGAGGGGAGCGGGAGUGCGAGCGCGGCCUGCGGAGCAGGUCGUAGCCGCCGCCGCCCCGCGGACAGCCGCCGACCUGGCCUGGGAGUACGCCCCGCCGCGGCAGCCGGCAGCGCAGCGCUCCGCGGGCGGCAAGCGCGGCCCCCGGGACCCCGCACGGUGCCCCGCCGCGGGCCUCCCGGGGCUCGAGCCCGGCGGCGUCCGUCGCGAUGGCCCUCAAGAUGGUCAAGGGCAGCAUCGACCGCAUGUUCGACAAGAACCUGCAGGACCUGGUGCGCGGCAUCCGCAACCACAAAGAGGACGAGGCAAAAUAUAUCUCUCAGUGCAUUGAUGAAAUCAAGCAAGAGCUGAAGCAGGACAACAUUGCAGUAAAAGCAAAUGCAGUCUGCAAGCUGACCUACUUACAGAUGUUGGGCUAUGACAUCAGCUGGGCUGCCUUCAACAUCAUAGAAGUGAUGAGCGCCUCCAAGUUCACGUUCAAGCGGAUCGGCUACCUUGCUGCUUCCCAGUGCUUUCACGAGGGGACCGACGUCAUCAUGCUGACAACGAACCAGAUCCGCAAGGACCUGAGCAGCCCCAGCCAGUACGACACUGGCGUUGCGCUGACUGGCCUGUCCUGUUUUGUUACCCCAGAUCUUGCCAGAGACUUGGCCAAUGACAUCAUGACACUGAUGUCGCACACCAAGCCAUAUAUCCGGAAGAAGGCUGUACUGAUCAUGUACAAGGUGUUCCUGAAGUACCCCGAGUCUCUGCGCCCCGCCUUCCCCCGCCUGAAAGAGAAACUGGAGGACCCUGACCCUGGGGUGCAGUCAGCAGCGGUCAACGUCAUCUGUGAGCUGGCCAGGCGCAACCCCAAAAACUACCUUUCCCUCGCCCCACUGUUCUUCAAGCUGAUGACCUCCUCAACCAACAAUUGGGUCCUCAUUAAAAUUAUCAAAUUGUUUGGUGCUCUGACCCCCUUGGAGCCAAGGUUGGGCAAGAAGCUGAUUGAGCCUCUCACCAACCUGAUCCACAGCACGUCUGCCAUGUCCCUUCUCUACGAGUGCGUGAACACAGUCAUCGCAGUUCUCAUCUCUCUGUCCUCUGGCAUGCCUAACCACAGCGCUAGCAUCCAGCUUUGCGUUCAGAAAUUGAGGAUAUUGAUAGAAGACUCCGAUCAGAACUUGAAGUACCUGGGCCUGCUGGCCAUGUCCAAGAUCCUGAGAACACACCCCAAGUCGGUGCAGGCCCACAAGGACCUGGUCCUGCAGUGUCUGGACGACAAGGAUGAGUCCAUCCGCCUGCGGGCCCUCGACCUCCUGUACGGAAUGGUGUCCAAGAAGAACCUGGUGGAGAUUGUCAAGAAGCUGAUGAGCCACGUGGACAAGGCCGAGGGCACGACUUACCGCGAUGAGCUGCUGACGAAGAUCAUCGACAUCUGCAGCCAGUGCAACUACCAGCACAUCACGAACUUCCAGUGGUACAUCAGUGUCCUGGUGGAGCUGACCCGGCUGGAGGGCACCCGCCACGGCCACCUCAUCGCUGCACAGAUGCUGGACGUGGCCAUCCGCGUGAAGGCCAUCCGCAAGUUCGCUGUGUCGCAGAUGUCUGCGCUGCUCGACAGCGCACACCUGGUGGCCAGCAGCACCCAGCGCAACGGCAUCUGUGAGGUGCUCUACGCGGCUGCCUGGAUCUGUGGCGAGUUCUCUGAGCACCUGCAGGAGCCCCACCAGACCCUCGAGGCCAUGCUGCGGCCCAAGGUCACUACCCUGCCUGGCCACAUCCAGGCCGUGUACGUGCAGAACGUGGUCAAGCUGUACGCAUCCAUCCUGCAACAGAAGGAGCAGGCUGCAGAGCCAGAGGCGGCCCAGGACGUUACCCAGCUCAUGGUGGACCGGCUGCCACAGUUCGUGCAAAGCGCGGACCUGGAGGUCCAGGAGCGGGCGUCCUGCAUCUUGCAGCUGGUCAAGCACAUCCAGAAGCUUCAGGCCAAGGACGUGCCAGUGGCAGAAGAAGUGAGCGCCCUCUUUGCUGGGGAGCUGAAUCCAGUGGCCCCCAAGGCACAGAAGAAAGUUCCGGUUCCCGAAGGCCUGGACCUGGAUGCUUGGAUCAAUGAGCCGCCCUCAGACAGCGAGUCUGAGGACGAGAAGCCCAAGGGCAUCUUCCACGAGGAGGAGCAGCGCCAUGCCAAGCAGCGGCUGCCAGAGGCAGAUGAGGAGGAGCUAGCCCGGCGUCGAGAAGCCCGGAAGCAGGAACAGGCCAACAACCCGUUCUACAUCAAAAGUUCCCCGUCCCCCCAGAAGCGGUACCAGGACAUGCCAGGUGUGGAGCACAUACCCGUGGUGCAGAUAGACCUCUCGGUGCCCCUGAAGGUGCCAGGGAUGCCCAUGUCGGACCAGUACGUGAAGCUGGAGGAGGAGCGCAGACACCGGCAGAGGCUGGAGAAGGGCAGGAAGAAGAAGAAGACGAAGGAGAAGGGCAAGCCCCGGCGCCACGGCUCCCUGCACACAGAGAGUGACGAGGACAUCACCCCGGCGCAGCAGGUGGACAUUGUCACCGAGGAGAUGCCCGAGAAUGCUCUCCCUAGUGAUGAAGAUGACAAAGACCCCAACGACCCCUACAGGGCCCUGGAUAUCGACCUGGACAGGCCCCUGGCCGACAGCGAGAAGCUGCCUGUCCAGAAACACAGAAACGUGGACGCCUCCAAGUGUGCUGACAAAGAGGACGUCCCCGGCGUGGAAAAGAAGGCCAAGAAGCCCAAGAAAAAGGAGAAGAAGCACAGAGAGAAGGAACGAGAGAAGACGGAGAAGGGGAAGGAGAAGGAGGGCGAGGACUUAGACUUCUGGCUGUCCACCACGCCGCUGCCUGCUGCAGCCCCAGCCCUGGAAGAGCCGGAAGCGAAUGCCAUCGUCGCUGCCCCUCAGGAAGAGGGUGAGGGACCCCAGAGAGGGGAGCAGGGCGACGAGGGGGAGGACAGCACGGAGGGCCGCGAGAAGAAAUCUUCUAAGCAUAAAAAGAAGAAGCACAAGAAGGAGAAGGAGGAGAAAUCUAAAGACAAGAAAAAAUCCAAGAAGAAGCCUCCCAGCGACGAGGCGGCAGAGCCUGUCGAGAACGGCGCACUUGAUGAGGAGCCUCUCCCGCCCAUGUCCAGCUACUGCCUCCUGGCCGAAAAUUCCUACAUCAGGAUGACGUACGACAUCCAGGGCAGCCUGCAGAAGGACAGCCAGGUCACUGUGUCUGUUGUCCUGGAGAAUCAGAGCCGCAGCUUCCUCAAGAACAUGGAGCUCAACGUGCUGGAUUCGCUCAACGCCAGGCUGGCCCGGCCGGAGGGCUCCUCCGUCCGCGACGGCGUGCCCGUGCCUUUCCAGUUGCCCCCAGGCAUCUCCAACGAGGCCCAGUUUGUGUUCACCAUCCAGAGCAUCGUCAUGGCCCAGAAGCUCAAGGGGACCCUGUCCUUCAUUGCCAAGAACGACGAGGGCUCGACCCAUGAGAAGCUGGACUUCAAGCUGCACUUCAGCUGCACCUCGUACUUGGUCACGACGCCCUGCUACAGUGACGCCUUCGCCAAGUUGUUGGAGUCUGGGGACCUGAGCAUGAGCUCAAUCAAAGUCGAUGGCAUUAGUAUGUCCUUCCAGAACCUUCUGGCGAAGAUCUGUUUUCACCACCAUUUUUCUGUGGUGGAGAGAGUCGACUCCUGCGCCUCCAUGUACAGCCGCUCCAUCCAGGGCCACCACGUCUGCCUCCUGAUGAAGAAGGGGGAGAAGUCCGUAUCCGUUGAUGGGAAAUGCAGUGACUCGACGCUGCUGAGCAACUUGCUGGAGGAGCUGAAAGCCACGCUGGCCAAGUGCUGAGCCUGGCCUGUGGCCUCGCCGACACACGGCGCCCACUGUUGACGUGGCGAGGUGACGCGUUGCGUUGAUGUAUCUUGUCGCUGUUUUUACUUUGACUCUUUGCCACUCUGUUUGGCGAAAAGCCCUGAUGCCGUCCCCACCGGCAGGGCCCCCGCUAGCAAGGCCGGCCACCUGAGGAGCAGGCGUCCCCGCUCUCCGGGCUGCGGGCGCUCCGUGGACGGCGCAGAGUGGCGUGUCCUGCUUCCGUGAGGCCGUCUGAGUCCCACGAGGCCCCCAGACGCCCCGCCCGCGGGCACGAGCUCACUGCGGAGGUGUUCCCCUUCCCCCUCCCAGCCGUGGGUCAGGACGUCUGGUGGCCAGAGGGUCGUGCAGGCCGCUGUCUGUCGUGUUCUCUGCGUCCUACCUGCGUGUUCAUGUGUCGGACAGGGGGCUGCCACCCGCCCUGGGGGGCCAGUCAGGAUCCCUGAUGGAGCAGGACCUGGACCCUGUUGGUUUACGGUUUUUUUCCUGUUCAGUGAGAUGUGUGUCCGUCGGCAUCGUUUGGUGGGUGGUGGGACUGUUUGGGAUUCCAGGUCCUUCCUGUCGCUGGAUGCUCCACAGGGUCUGUCCCAUGUUAUGCCUGCAGCUGCUGGGAAGGCAUACUCCUGGGGUGGCACCGUCCUCUGGAAUGUACCCCACGGGGUGGGGCACAGGGAGCCCGGACCACGCCCCGUGAGAUGAGCUCAGAGGUGAUGGUCCUCAAUGACGUAACUUCCUUUUGACGAACACUGUCACUUUAGCAUGUAGAGUAACCUAUUACAGAAUCCUGUGCGGUGAUUCUAGAACCUCAGAAUUGUAUGAUGUGUUAUAUAAGAAUUGAUUUGCUAUCGACAUUCCCAGAUAAAGGAGAGACAUAUCACACUGCUGUAAUGAUUUUGUGUCAAGAUGAUCCAAUAAACUUGUAAAACAGA